AUGGCCUGUCAUGAUGCCACGCUGUUGGCAAAAUCCCAAGGACCUCGCUUCUGGGAAAGUUGGGAUGACAUGACCGUAUACCAAGCCAGUGUGCAUGGAGACCUGGACCAAGAUGGCGGUGACAGGAAUGGCCAGCGAGCUAAUUAUUAUCAGCUUCAAGGGCCGUUUGUCCCAAAGGCUUUCGGCUUUCUUGCCGUUUUGCUCGGGGAUCGAUCGUUUUUCGCAAGCCCAGGAGCGCUUAUUUUGAAACAUUUCAUCUUAUAUCUGACGACACCCCCACAAGCCCAUCCCAGCACAUGGCCUCGAAACACUUUAUUUGAGAAUUCCGCGAAGUUUGGCCCCGCAACAACUACAGCGCAUUUCACUGCGCCAAAUUCAUGGCGAUGCGGUGUAAUUAGAGCUCAGGUCGAUGCGCCCUUGGCGCGGCAUCUCUCCAUCAUCAUGACUAUACAUUCCUUCAAGAUGCCUUCUACGCUCAGCACCUCUGUUUUGGCUCUGGCCUCUGCCGCCGCAGUCUCGGCCCACGGGUUUGUCAAGGGAAUCACCGUCGAUGGAGUCUACACCACUGGAUGGCUGGUCGACUACGCCUACAACCCAAACCCACCAAAAUCCAUUGGUUGGUCUGAAGCGGCCCUGGAUCAUGGGUUCGUCCCUUCCGACAAGGCGGGUCACCCCGACAUCAUCUGUCACUUGAAUGGUACCAAUGCCGAGCUCUCCGCCACUGUCGCUGCCGGUACCACCAUCGAUCUCCACUGGAGUGGAUGGCCCGACUCUCACAGAGGUCCCAUCUGCAACUACAUGGCGAACUGCCAUGGUGACUGUGCGACCGUCGACAAGACCACUCUCGAGUGGUUCAAAGUCGACGAGAAGGGAUACGAGAACGGAGUAUGGGCUUCCGACGAGCUCAUUGCCAAAGAUGCGAUCUGGCCAUUCCCCGUCCCUGCCAGCAUCGCUCCCGGCAACUAUGUCAUUCGUCAUGAGAUCUUCGGUCUGCACGGUGCCAUCUCUGAAGGCGGCACUCAGGUCUACCCCUUCUGCAUCAACCUGGAGGUGACCGGCUCUGGAACCGAGAACCCGCCCGGAACCCUUGGAACCGAGCUCUACACCCCAACUCACCCUGGGAUCUUGCUCAACAUCUACGUCGACGACCUCGUUUACCCCAUCCCCGGACCCCCUGUGUGGUCCCCAGGCUCUCCCGCUACACCAGCCACCGACCGACCUGCCACACCGCCUGCAGAUGCCCCUGUCGUCCCCGACCCCGUCCGACCUGUUGCUGACCCGACCACUCUCCAGAGGGUCCAGACACCCACACCAAAAACUCGUCCUUCCGAUCCUCCUUCCAAGCAAGAAGAGGUUUCCACUCCUCCACAGGGAGAGGAGAAGGAGUCUGGUACUACUCCCAAGGGGGAGGGGAAGGAGUCUGGUACUACUCCGUCCGGCACAGAAAACUCCGAAUCUCCACUCACCGACGAGGAAGACGAGGAAUGCGAUUAA